CUCAGCGGCAAGGUGGUAAGAAGGCAACAUAUAAAAACACGGUCACUGUUUUAGUCGGCUUCUCAGGGCAGAAGGACGCCGUGGUGGCUACACGAACACGAUGGAAACACCAGUAUACCAAAUUCCAACAUUUGCGUCAGUGAGCGUACAGACCGGCCUUGAUUGUUACGAUGACGCCGGCUUGGACGAUAAAACCGGUUUCGCCUGUGACGAGAAUAACACUGUACCACCUUCUACUGAGUUGGUCAAAGUGAUACUUGAAAAGAAAGAAGUUGAGAAAGAAGUCGAUCCUUGGGAUCUUCCUGAUCUGAAAAAUAAAGGAACACCUUGGUCAGAGUUGACAGUAUGUGGCAAGAUAAAACGUGUCAUCACCACUGGUAUCGUAAAACCUGCCCUUCUUCUUGCCCUUCUCUACCUCUUCAUCUGCUCAUUGGAUUUCCUCAGCUCUGCGUUUCGUCUCCUUGGUGGUAGAGCGGCUGGUGAAGUAAUCGGUAACAGUAUAGUUGCUACCAAUCCCAUCUGUGGCCUGAUGGUUGGAGUCCUUGCAACCGUAUUGGUUCAAAGUUCAAGUACGACGACCUCUAUAGUUGUUGCCAUGGUAGCUUCGGGAAUUAUAGAUGUAAAACCAGCUAUUCCAAUCGUGAUGGGAGCCAACAUCGGAACCUCGGUGACUAACACUAUUGUGUCUGUUUUCCAUGCUGGCGAUAGGAACGAGUUCCGCAGAGCGUUUGCUGGGGCUACCGUGCACGAUAUGUUCAACUGGUUGUCGGUGAUUGUAUUACUACCAUUGGAACUCAUAACAUCGUACCUAUAUCGACUUACUGAUCUUAUUGUUAAGAGUUUACACCUGGAAACUAACGAAGAAGUCGAAGUCGAACUAUUAAAAGUGUUGACCAAACCAUUCACCAAACUAGUUAUCCAGAUUGACAAGAAAGUGAUUACUAAUAUUGCCAAAGGUGAUAUGGACGCCGGUAAGAACAGUCUGGUGAAGGUGUGGUGUGAAAAGGGCGUGGUCACCCGAUUCGUCAACGAGACUUUUCUUGUUAAUAAGACAGAGAUAAUCGAUGGACAGAACGUGACCCAGCUGAUGAACGAUACGAGAGCGGUGGAAAAAAACGAAACAGUGUAUCUGGAAAAAUGUAACUUUCUGUUCUCCGACACCGGUCUAAAUGAUUCUCUUCUCGGUGUGAUCAUCCUGCUCAUAGCACUUGCCAUUCUCUGUAUCUGUCUGGUGCUGAUAGUUAAACUACUACAUUCUAUUCUGCGGGGCCGUAUCGCUGUCAUUACCAAGAAAGUCAUCAACUCCAACCUACCAGGGAAACUCGCCUGGUUGACUGGAUACAUCGCUAUAAUGGUUGGGGCAGGGCUGACAAUGUUGGUUCAAAGCAGUUCGAUCUUCACUUCUGCACUGACACCGUUAGUAGGCAUCGGUGUAAUUAGCGUCAACCGAAUGUACCCCUUUACUUUAGGUGCCAAUAUUGGAACUACUUUUACCGCUAUGCUCGCAGCAUUAGCUAGCUCUGGUGAUGACCUGAAUGAUGCGCUACAAAUUGCGCUCUGUCAUUUCUUUUUUAACAUUAGCGGUAUUAUUAUUUGGUAUCCAAUACCUUUCAUGCGUCGGGUGCCAAUAAAAUUGGCUAAAUUUAACGGCAACACCACAGCCAAGUACCGGUGGUUUAGUAUAUUCUAUUUGGUAUUUAUGUUCUUCGUAUUCCCCGCUGUCAUAUUUGGUCUGUCCCUUGCUGGCUGGCAAUGGAUGGCUAUUGUGGGAAUUCCCGUAGUCCUACUUUGUAUAUUUAUAUUGAUCGUCAACGUGUUACAAGUAAAAUGUCCAGGUAAGCUUCCAACGAAGCUAAAAACGUGGAAUUUCUUGCCGUUAUGGAUGCGAUCUCUGGCGCCAUUGGAUCGCAUCAUCACGAAAAUCCUGGCAAUACAUGCUUGCCGGAGGUGUCUUAAACGUUGCCAAAAACCUGCCAAAUCAAGCGUCCCACAGCUCGAAGGAGUCGAUUCACCCCAUGCCAUCGACAUAAUGGACACUGAAAUGACGAACAAAGCCAUUUACAAUACCAAUCUAUAAUAAUUGUUGUGUAUAACGAAAAUAGCGAGUACAUGAAUUACUGGCUUUAAGUCAUCGUAUUUCACGGGAGAUUAUAUCUCGUUUGUCAUAUUUUAUGCAAGAUUCUACCCUCUCUUCACAUUCUCUGUUUAGAAACCACGUGUUUCAAAGAAACCAUAAUCUUCUAUAAUUUAACAAGUUGUUCAGGAGACUGAUGGUAGCGUAUUAUUUCCUAAACUCGAUUCUUCGUGAUACGUGACCAUGUUGCCGCGAUUGGGGGACGCAGACGACAAUUUAUAAAAUAACCUGAAAUUUGACAAGCUUGGCAAGGAUUGUUUUAAAGUUGGCUUUUCUGAACACAAACCCAACGCUUGUGAGUCGGAUACUCGCAUUCGCUCUGAUAUUAGUGCCAAGCUAUGUCUGCCAAGUAUCGCGGGUUAACAACACAAACGCACAAUCCUUACACUGUUUCAUAAUUGAAUAUUUAUGUAAAUAUACAAUUAUCAUACUCUCGCACUAGUCGGUGCUACAUUGAUAAAAUACGAGAACUGAAAUGUAUUUCAAGAACAACGUUUUCUGAAUUGUGCAUCGAAAUAAUUUGUUAAACAAAAUUACGAUAUUAGUUUUUGUAAGAGUUUAUUUAUUCCAGACAAUUUAUUUAUGACGACUUCAUGGUCAUUUUUUUAAAGAGCUAUGUAACCUUUGAUUGAGCGAUUCGAAUCUGAUACUCCGAAUUAGGUAAAUGCUCGAAAUGUGCGUUUUUCUUUCAACAAAUAUGUUCACAAAUAAUCCAAGGCUGGACACUGUAAGAAGUGGGGGAACUGGCUUCAAAGAAUGGCGUUCGAGCCAUCGCCAGAAUUUUGCAGUGGAUGUCUGAGAUACAAAUUCAAGUUUGCAUAAUUUGUGUGGAUAUGAUUUCAUUUGUAUAGUAUGUUUUCAGUCUCUGAUCAUGUACAGUAAAGAACAUUUUAAAAAAA